AUGAAUUCUCUUCAACAAAACCCUGUUGCUAUGGGAAUGGGCGGGGGAUUCUACCCCACACCAGAGGCACCGCCACAGCAACCACAAGCUCAGCCGUUUAAGCCAGUCUACUCACAACCAAUCAGCCAAUACGCACCAGCACAUUCACCUCUCGUGCACAGUAUUGGCUACGGCUCGCUUGGACACAUGGCCGAUGAGCCAAUGAAACAGCCGGUCGAACGAAGGCCGUAUGCACCAACCAGCUAUCAGUAUCGAUCGAUGCGUCAGUACAGUCACGCGACGAAUGCGUACAAUCCCUACUACUAUUCCAAUCAGCUGAAGGUGUGA